UCUCCUCUUAUCUUGUUUUUUUCAGUAUUCUUAUUAUUCAGACACACUGCGAUGAUCGAAAGACGUAUGUCGUGUAGAUGGGGGAUCUCCCGAAGGGAAUCGAAGUCACAGAAUUGCAUCACAUGAGCAUGGUUCAAGGAGUCCUUGGGAGAAACUUUGCACCAGAAGCUUUGGUCCACAGCUACAGGAAGAGUUUCAAUGGCUUUGCAGUGAGGCUAACAAAAGAGGAAGCCAAAAGAGUGGGCGGAAUGGAUGGUAUAAUCUCUAUGUUUGAAAGCAAAAGGCACAAGGCCCAAACAACGAGGUCGUGGGACUUCAUAGGGUUCCCACAGCAAGUCAACAGAGCAAGUUUGGAGAGCGACCUCAUCGUCGGAGUAAUCGAUUACGGAAUUUGGCCAGAGUCUCACAGCUUUAAGGAUCAAGGUUUCGGUCCGCCGCCCAGAAAGUGGAAGGGCUCUUGCCAAAACUUCACUUGCAAUAACAAGAUAGUAGGCGCAAAAUACUUUGUAGGGCAUGGGUUUCCCAUCAAAGAUGAUAUUGGAUCACCAAGGGAUACAGAUGGCCAUGGCACUCACUGUGCAUCCACAGCAGCAGGACUGGGUUAA